AUGACAUCCACAACAUUGGGAUAUCGAUCUCAUUCAAGUGAACGUCUGCCAUCGACGAAAAAAACCCUUCCAUCAAUUCGUUCUUCACAAUCCGCAUGUGCGAUUGAUAUUAAAUCUAUAGCAUCAUCGUCGUCGUCGACAUCAACAUCAUCAUCUUAUUCCCUAGAUAAUGAAACUACAAACGAAAAAAUCAUAUCGUCAGCUUUGUCCUCCUGUCCACCGAAUUCCGAAUAUUUCCGUAAAUCAAACUCGUUAGAUUCUGGUUACAAAACGUUGAGUGCUGCUAGUCAUGGAACAUCACACACCGAUCCGAUCGAUGAAGAAAAUGAACAUCAUCAUAGUUUUCUUCAAAUCGCGUCUUCACCAUCAUCAUGCUCAUCUUCAUCAUAUACCGUAUCGAAUUCUAAUCCGAAUCAAAAACUGCAUUCGAAAAUUGAGUUCGUUGUCGAUGAUGAAGAUGAUGUCGACGACAAACUUCCAAGAUUAUCACGAAAAAAUUCCAAGUCCAACACUGAUGGCUUAUCAGCAGGUGGUGGCGAACGUCGGUCACGUAAAAACAGUCUUUCGAACUAUUCCGUCUCAAAUUAUAGCGUGCUUUUGAAUGAGUUUUGUUGUGCAUCGUCGGAUAAGAUUGACCAAACGGCAGAUGUUGAUAAGAGUUAUAAAAGAAAAGGUGGUUUUGCCAACACAGUCGCCACGUUUUUCUCCUCGAAAAAGAAAGAAGAUGAACAACCGCCAGCAGUAACACCAACACGAAAAGUCUUUCGAUCGAGAAGUGCUUCUGAAGCAUCGCUGGAACGAACGGCUACGAUUCAAGAAUCAACUGACACAACGCGAACACACACUAUUGAAACGGUCGACGAUCGUACAACCAGCGAGGCAACGUCGCAUAAUCUACCAACUACAACAACUUACGCGGUUCCAUCAAAGACAGGAAAGAUUUCUACACAAUCUCUUCUAACAACAUCGUCAUCAUCGACAACUAUUACUAACAAUAAUCAUCAUUCAGCAUCUUCGAGUUGGCUAUCUCGUCUUUCAAAUCGAUUCAAUUCAUCGACGUCAUCUAUGAAAGUAGCAGCGAAAUCAAGUAGUACUGGUUUAAUCUUUGAAAAUCGUCCGACGAAUUUACCACCUAAGUCCAAUGAAGAAACUCUUAAACACCAAGUUGAAUAUCAAAAAAUGUGCUUCGAAGCUAAACGUGCUGAACAGUUAUUCAACGAAAAAGAACAACAACGUCAACGGCUCAAACUAAAACGCGAAGAAUUCGUUUCGAAAUCGUUGAAGAUCUGGACACAAGAGAUUUUACCCUAUUGGGACAAACACGGAAGUAUAUACAACUGUUCAGAUGCUGCAUUAAACGCCAAAGCUCGCAAGUUAUGGUGGCACGGUUUACCACCACGCGUACGAGGAAAAGUGUGGAAGAUGGCUAUUGGAAAUGAACUUGGCAUAACAUAUGAGUUGUUUAGUCAACUUCAACAAAUGGCCAAGGAGAAGCUUGAAGAGACGCGACAAGCCGAGGAUGCUCGAAGUAAUCAUUCAGCAUCUCCUCAAUUACCAACGACGGUGUCACAUUCAACAGAAACGACGAGUUCCUAUUUUGAACUGAUCCAACUGGAUGUCUCACGAACAUUUCCUCAGCUCGGUCUUUUUCAACAAAAUGGUCCUUAUCACGAAUAUCUUGAAUUAUUGCUUUGUAUAUAUGUAUAUUUUUGUCCUGAAAUCGGAUACGUUCAAGGCCAAGCAUUUCUCGCCGCAAUGUUUCUACUAAAUCUUGAUCUCUACGACUCGUUUAUUUGCUUUUCAAAUCUAAUGCAUCGUUCUUAUUUUCAAACAUUCUAUCGAUUUAAUAACAUGGAGAAGUAUUUGGAAUUAUUCAAUCAAUUAUUGAACUUCCAUUUACCUAAACUAAGUGCACAUUUCAUUGAGAUGUCAAUCGAACCGAAUUGUUUUGCAUUGGACUGGUUUUUUACAAUCUAUUCGAAAUCUUUACCACUGGAUGUCGUCUCACGUAUUUGGGAUAUGUUUUUUCGCGAUGGUGAUGCAUUUAUUUUUCGUACGGCUAUCGCCAUCUUAUCUCUCUACGAAGAACGGCUCUGUCAAUUAGAUACAUUUCAUUGUUUACAAUUUUUAACGCGUUUACCUGAUGAUUUGAAUGUGACGUCAUUAUUCAAAGCAAUUGAUAAAAUCAAUUUCGAUCACACAAGUUGUGAAUUAUUUUAUCUGAUUGCUUGA